AUGAAUACACAAAGAACAGGCUCAUCAACUUCUACUAAUCCGACCGACCAACCCAGGAGCGAUACGCGUCCUCCGACAUCUACUACACGCACGCUCCUUUCCCUUCCUACACCCCACGAAAGCCAGGGAGCUUCGCCCGACGAGAGUAACAUCACAUUCGGCCCACAUUUUGCUGAAGGAGCCCACCUUCAGCCACGCACCGAGGACAUGGAGCGGGAGAGGAGGAGUCAUGCUACGGAGCGCUCAAGUCCUUCCGCCUCUUCUUCGCAGGGAGACAUGGCCGACACGGAGAUGGAGGCGGGACCCAGUCAGCAUUCCGAGCCGUCUGAACCAGCGCAACCUCCUCCGAAGAAGAAAAGAACGCGAACCUUGACCACUGCCCACCAAUCAGCCGUUUUACAUGCAUUGCUUGCGCAGUCGCGCUUUCCUACCACGGCCAUGCGCGAAGAGGUGGGACGUUCUAUCGGACUGAGCGCUCGCAAAGUGCAGAUCUGGUUCCAGAACCAGCGUCAAAAAGCGAGGCGACCUCGUGGACAAUCAGCUGCGCCUCUGACACGACCUCCUCAGUAUGGCCCCUUCUCGAACGUUCCUUCAGGAAUGGGGUCGAGUGAAGUGGGCACGAGCGGAUCCUCUAGCUAUGGACGCGGCCGCUCAGGUGGCCAUUCUGCGCUCCCAUCCAUUGGCGAACUGUCGCGGUCCGUAGCAGGCCCGAGCGGAACAUCGAGCGUUGGUGCUGAACCGUUCACCCACCCAGACUCAAUAUCUCAGCGCUACGCCAGAUCUAUGAGCUUAUCACAACUAUCCGGUCCUGGUAUUCCUGGACCAAGCACCGGGUUUCGGGAGCAAUACCCACUGCCGAGAGAAGUUCCGUCGAUGGUUUCUCAACAAUCUCCGAGAACGCCUGGAGGCUACCCUACCUUCAACACAUCCCUUUCGCGUUCCGCAUCGCGGCCCUCGACCGCGACCGACUCGCUGGAAAUGUACCGUCUCACUCCCAGACCGACGCGCCCCAUACGCUCGUAUCAGUCUAAUGACACGACUCCAAUGCAUGGCGAAUUCCCUAUAAUUCUUCCACCUAUUGUUACUGAACCCCGGCACUCCACCGCUUUUCAAUCUGGCGCAAGCGAAAGCGGCCGGAAUCCGACGUUGGCUCCGAUCAGCUCUAUUGUGUCCACAGGCACACCGUCUUCCGCUGCUGUCGUACAGCGCAGCCGUUUCUCCCAGCAGGAGUCACCGCCCGUGCAUCAGCCGGCCAUCAAUAUCCCUCCGCCAUUUACGCUGCAACCUCAACCACAAUGGGAUGAUCCUGCAUUUUCGCCCUUUUCACGACCCUCCAUAGCCCCGUCAACGCGUCCCAGUACAUAUCAUUCCCAUCCCGCGCCCGGGUAUGCUGUGCCCCAUACGCCGGACCAGACGCCCAUUCCUGGCGGAAGCAUCCCCUCCGUCCCCCUUAGCCACGCGCGGGGUACAGAAGCCCAUCCUUACGCUCACGCCUCCUCGUCUGCGACCCUCUUCGACCGACGACGUUCUCUCCACGAAGAUGAUCAUCCGGAAUCGCGCACACCGCGGCCUGCUUCCGGCCCGUUCGAUGACAAAAAACUAGCACAGCAUCGUUCUAAUCGUUAA